AUGCGUUUGUUGCAAUCCACCACACCUUCAAGUUCAACAGAAUUAGAAGAGUUUUCAAAUUGGAUUUUAGAUGUUGGAGAUGGAAAACUGGCUGAACCAAAUGAUGGAUAUGCAGAUAUUGACAUACCAAAGGACAUGUUGAUAUCCAAUUUUGAUGAACCGAUAAAGGCAAUUAUAGAUUCAACCUAUCCUAACUUUCUGCAGAAUUACAAAGAUCCCCAAUACCUUCAAUGUAGAGCAAUAUUGGCUGGAACUUUAGAGACAGUUGAUGUCGUAAAUUGUUAUGCGCUAGAUAUGAUUCCAGGAGAUGAAAAGAUUUUUUUGAGCUCCGACUCAGUUGAUCAAAUGGACACUGAUGCUUGCGAUUCUUUUGAUGCUUUGACAACGGAAUUUUUGAACACCCUGACGGCAUCCGGUCUUCCACAACACAGCAUUAGACUUAAAGUUGGCACCCCUAUAAUGCUCCUGAGAAACAUUGAUCAAUCUGAAGGAUUGUGCAACGGUACAAGACUCAUUGUUACAAAAUUGGCCGACCAUGUUAUAGAGGCAAGGAUUAUCUCCGGUAAAAAUAUCGGAAGUUCAUUUUAUCUUCCAAGAAUGGAUAUCUCUCCAACACAAUCACCCUGGCCUUUUAAAUUAACAAGAAGGCAAUUUCCAAUCAUUGUGUCCUACGCAAUGACGAUUAACAAGUCGCAAGGUCAGUCGUUAGACUAUGUUGGGUUGUAUCUGCCAAGGAAUGUCUUCAGCCAUGGUCAGUUGUACGUUGCAAUAUCAAGAGUGAAAAGCAAAAACGGUCUCAAGAUACUAAUCCACGACAAAGACAAUGAAGCGGCAGACACUACCACCAACGUGGUAUUCAAAGAAGUAUUUGAAAAUGUCUAA